AUGACCGCCACCCACAAGAAGCUGCUGCUCAAGGUUCUCAUCCUGGGAGACGCCAGUGUGGGGAAGACAUCGCUCAUGCAGCGCUACGUCAAAGGAGGAUAUAAAGAAGGCUACAAGGCAACUAUCGGCGCCGACUUCUUGCCCAAGGACGUGGUAGUGCAAGAUCACUUUGUGACCAUGCAAAUCUGGGACACGGCGGGGCAAGACAGGUUUGAUACUCUGGGUCGGGUGUUCUACCGCGGCACGGACAUAUGCGUAUUCGUCUACGACGUCACCAACCCAGCUUCCCUUGAGAACAUCCACAAAUGGAAGCAGCAGUACGUGGAGGCCCAGUCUUCCACAAUGGACGGUCACACAGUGUUUGCGGUCUUCGGUAACAAGGCUGACCUGGAAGACAAGCGGGUGGUUUCGCAGAAGCGAGCAGAGGACUGGUGUCAGGCGAAUGGAAUGCCCCACUAUGUGGUGAGCGCGAAGGACGGGCACAACGUCGAGCAGGCGUUCGCCGUACUGGUGGGGGAGGCCACAGAGAGGGCAGACACCGGACCAGACUUUGCGAAUGGGAGCAUCUUUCCCGGUCAAGAAGAGCCGCAGCAGAGGCCCGAACGAUGCUCCAACUGUUAG